AUGUCAAGAAGGUCUGACAAAAUAGUGAAGUUAGCCUUGGCUAAAACCAAUUCAUCUGUGACUUUUUCUGUUAACACUGAUGGUUUUUUAUCUGAAGUAGUGUCUGAAAUCUCUAAUGAUACAAAUUUCCCUGCAGAUAACCCUUACCAGGACUUACCUGAAGUUUACAUCGAAACAGUAGGCAAUUCUCAGAAUGUUAAUAUUGAGAGAGAACAAUUAUUUGAGAGCGAUUUAACCCUAGUUAAAAACCUUGACAAUACUUUUCCUGAGCAAAAAUAUUUGCAUGAAACUGACUUGAGCAUAGUAGAAAGUGCUAAUUUUGCUAGUACCGAGAAAUUAAACUUAGGCCUACUUGAAGUUGACUUAGGUUUAGUUGUGAGUUCUAAUGUUGCUGUUUCUGAACAAGAAGAGGUACUGAAAACUAACUUAGACAUAGUAGAAACUGAUAUUGCUAGUACCGAGCAAUUAGGCUUAGGCCUAUUCUUAGUUGUGAAUCCUGAUGUUGCUGUUUCUGAACAAGAAGAGGUACCGAAAACUGACUUAGACAUAGUAGAAAGUGCUGAUGUUACUGCUCCCGAGCAAGAAAACCCAGUCCUUACCGAAGUUAGUGAACAUGGGCCUGUAGACUUUGAUGUUCAGAUUACUGAUAUUACUAAUAAUGUUACACCUAGUCGAAAACGAAAGAAACGCCAUCAAGUUAAUAAUGCUACGUGGAAGAUAAAUAAAUCGAAAAAAGCUAGGAAGACUGGAAAAGAGUACUUAGGUAAGAAACAAAAUGAUGCAGGACAGUAUGAGUACAACAUUAAGAUAAAUGCCAGGAAAAUGAAAGUCCAUUGUAAAUGUAAAAGAAAGGAAAACAGUUUGUUACAGUGAGCGUUAUUAACUGAAAUUGAAAGACAAGAGAACUUUAAUGAAUUUUGGCAACUAGAUUGGGAGGGUAAAAGAUUAUUUGUAAAUUUUUUAACCAAAAAAACUGAAACUGCAGGAGCCAGAGGAAGGAAAAAAGAUACCAAAAGUGGAAGAAAAUACUCAUGUCAAUAUUACUUAAAAAAAGACGGGGGUAUUAUUAGAGUACGUAAAACUAUGUUUCAAAACUCGCUAUCUAUUACAGAGUGGAUGGCUCACCACUGGCAAAAUAAACAAAAUUAUGUUCAAGAAGAAACUGGGGAGAAUGGGGAUGCGUUACCGGAUGACGAUGGAAACGAGAUUAAGAAAUUAAGGAAAUCAGCUGCAGUUAAAGCACUGGAAAAUUUUCUGCAAACUCUACCUAAAUUAGAAUCUCAUUAUUGCAGAAAAAGAACAAGUAAAUUGUACUUGGAUCCUUGCUGGAAAUACAAAAGGGAGCUUUACUUAUUCUAUAAGAGCAGCUGGUA